GGACCCGGAAGUAGUUCCAAAAGCGGCCGGUCGCGUGGACUUACCUCUCGGGGGCUUGCUUGCCGCGGCCACUGUAAUGACCAAAAUAAAGGCAGAACUAGACGGGCAGGAGGCUCCGGCAGAGGCAUGUUGCGGGGAGCGCACUUACCAGGAGCUGCUGGUGAAUCUUAACCCCAUCGCGCAACCCCUGGCUUCUCGCCGCCUCACGCGGAAGCUCUACAAAUGCAUCAAGAAAGCCGUGAAGCAGAAGCAGAUUCGGCGCGGGGUGAAGGAGGUUCAGAAGUUUGUCAACAAAGGCGAGAAGGGGAUCAUGGUUUUGGCAGGAGACACAUUGCCCAUUGAAGUAUACUGCCAUCUCCCAGUCAUGUGUGAGGACCGGAAUUUGCCCUAUAUCUACAUCCCCUCCAAAACGGACCUGGGUGCAGCUGCAGGCUCCAAGCGCCCCACCUGUGUAAUAAUGGUCAAGCCCCACGAGGAAUACCAGGAGGCCUAUGAUGAGUGCCUGGAGGAGGUGCAGGCCCUGCCCUCACCCCUGUGAGGGACUUAGGCAGCACCCUGGGCACCUGCUUCGGAAGCUGCUAGGCUGGUGGCAGGCUGACUGGCUGCCCUCCCGUUGCCCACACUGGCAGCAUCUCCCUGGCUCUCCGAGGCACAUGAUGUUCUCAGGCAGCUCCAGCAGUUCUUUCAUGAAGGUAACACAGCAUUUCUCCAUCAGUGCUGUUUCCUGUUGAGCUUAAGUGAAGACAGUUCCAAGAAUGUGGAGUGAGGAAGUAAACACUAAGUCUAAAUGUGGUGAGUCUGUGGUUUUUUUUUAAGCAGCAGCAGCUGCUGAUGGGGCCAAGGAGUUGGUGUGCAGGAAGAAUAGAAGUAAGCUUUCUCACUGGGAGAACCUGAAGGACUGUAGUGUGCAGUGCUAAUGCUGUGCCAUCCAGGGUCGUGCUUGGGCUCCAGCUGAGAACUAAUUCUCCUGCUUACCCCAGGGCUUUCAACUCCCGCUUUGGGGUUAGGUGGGGGCUGUCAGAUAAAGUUAGCAGGGCCCAAACCCACUUCAUGGAAGCCUGUAAUCCCCAGGUCUUUUUUUCUUCCCCCAGAGGCCUUAAAUACCACUAUGGAGCUGUCGCCCUGGGUAGAGUACUGUGGUAUCACAGCUCACAGCAACCUCCAACUCCUGGGCUCAAGCGAUUCUCCUGCCUCCGCCUCCCGAGUAGCUGGGACUACAGGUGCCUGCCACAACAUCUGGCUAUUUUUUGGUUGCAGCCGUCGUUGUUGUUUGGUGGGCUGGGGCUAGAUUCGAACCCGCCAGCUCAGGUGUAUGUGGCUGGCGCUUUAGCCACUUGAGCCACGGGCACUGAACCUAAAU